CUGCUAUUUGCUGCAAUUUUUCUAACUGCAAAUUUUUGGAAUCUAGAUACCACUGAUGCUCGAGGCUGUACUGCAUUGCAUCAUGCUGCUUAUCAUGGAAAUGUUGAAGUAGCCGAACAUCUUCUUAAGGCGGGAAUUAAUAUGGCAGCGGUGGAUAAGCUCGGACGUACAGCGGUACAUUCCAUGGCAUGCGGUGGAAGCUUAAAAAUGCUGAAGGUAUUGAGAGAAGCUGGAGCAAAACUCAAUGUUCGUGACUCACGCGGAAGAACUGCCGCUCACUAUGCAGCAAUGGCAUCACACACCGAGUUGCUGAGUGAGUUCUUGCGUUCUAUGACCACUAAGUUUCUUAGAAUUUAA